GAGUAAUGAUCCUUUUGCAUGACUUGAAGCCAUGAUGCUGCGCCAAGCGUUGCUGUGGAAAGCGGGUGUCCGUUCAGCUUAAUGGCCCUUGUGCUGGCAUCCCACGAUGAGAGCUUGCACAUUCAGCAGGCAGAGGUGGGCGACUGUACAGAGACGACGGUGACGUGGAAAGGAUCAGGUGCCACGGGCAGCUUCCAGCUCUUCCCGAAUCAGGGGAUUCUGCAGCUGGUGGCAUUGCAUCGCCACAAGCCGCCCUGGACGCAGCCCAAGGUGCUAACGCAGCUGUCGCAGAUGCCCGGCGAGACGCUGUUUGCCAUUGCGCGCUUGUCUUCUGGCCGCUUGCUGGUGCUUUGCCCGCUGGCGACCAGCAACUCUGUGGCAAGCUUGCGGGGCAGCGACUUGGGCUUGGACAACUUCCAGCUGGAGUUGCACGCUGAGGCAACAAAUGUGCCGGUGCUGCUGGUGCUGGAAUGCGACACUGAUGCGGCGAAGGCGGCUUUUUUGGCUGCCCGGCGCUGUUGCGAAGUGAGCGGCGGCAGGCUUAGAGAAGAGAAGAAGCUCCCAGAGCUCUUCACCCGCUGGGGGUGGUGCAGUUGGGACGCCUGCGGGGUUUUGGUGAGCCGUCGGCAGCUGGAAGCAAUGAGCAAGCACCGGCCAGCUUGGAUGGUCUUGGACGACGGCUGGCAGGAGGAGGUAAAGCCGGAGCAGUGGAGGCGCUGGCUCCACACCCCUCAGAGCGGCUUCCAAGCGCGGCCGUCCUUUGGGGACCUGAAAGACUUGGCACAGCACUUGGCUGAGGCCUCCAUCCAGCUCUUAGUGUGGCACACGCUGCUGGGCUACUGGGGCGGCGUGGCACCUGGCCGGGGGUACAAGGUGCACCGUGCUCUGCCCACUUGGCCCCGGGGUCUCCAAGAGAACUGCCCGCAGGAGGUGGACGUCUGGGAGGGGGACUUUUCCGUGUUGGACCCGGAGGACAUGGAGCGGUUUUACACCGACUUCUACGAGUUUCUGGCCUCGGCUGGCGUGGCAGGAGUGAAGUGCGACGGGCACUUUCUUGCUGACGUGCUGCUGAGCCUGCAGGGCCGCGAGGCCAUCCAGGCGGCCCACCUGGCGGCGGCUUCCGCGCACUUCGCGGAGGCGCCAGUGAUCAGCUGCAUGGGCAUGACUCUGCGGUCCAUCGGUGAGGUUGUUGUACUCUCCGUGGCGCAGGCGGUGCUUUCUCGAGUCUCCGAUGACCAUGCCUACCCUGGUGUGCCGGAAGACGCUCCAGCAGUGGCAAGGCACAUCUACCAUUGCUCGGUGAACUCGCUCUGGUUGGCGCCCUAUUUGUUCUGCGACUGGGACAUGCUGAAGACCAGCGAGUGGCAUGGGCCCAUCCACGCGGCCGCGCGGGCGGUGGCUGGGGCUCCGGUCUACGCCAGCGACGCGGCGGAGUGCUUCGACAUGGAGGUGCUCAGACCUUUGCUGGUCCCGGGCACUGACAAGGUGGUGCCUUGUGAAGGCUCGGGCAGGCCCAUCGACAGACAACUCUUCGAGGACCCCCUCAGCACUCCAAGCCCUUGGUGGAUUGUGAACUCCACAGCCUCGGGGUUCAUCGCAGCUGGCUUCGGGCUGCACCAAAGCGAGGCACGGAUGACAGCCACCAUCUUCCCCCACGACCUGCGAGUGGAGAAGGCCCAUGCCUGCCUCCAAGUGGAUCUUCAUUCGCCUGGUCACUCAGCUGAGCUGACCGAUGGCGGCUGGGACGUGCAGAUGCAUUACAUGGGCUUCGCGGUGCUGGCGCUGGCGCCCAUCGUGGCCUUCAAAGGCACCCGCCUGGCGGUUUUCGGGCUGGCGGGAGUGUGGAACCCCACAGGCACGCUGUGCCAUCCACCGGUGGAAGCGGGCGGCGGCUUGCGCCUCACGCUGCGCUCUUGCGCCUCGCGCUUGGUGCUGUGGUGCAGCGGCCGGCUGGCGGCGAAGCUGAACGGCGAGGCAGUCCAGCUGGAGGCGGGAACCAACUCCUUGGCGCUGACAUCUUGUGAGGUGACUCUCAGCUAAAGGCCGUGAGG